CAAACAAUCAUUAUUUUGAGAAUUCGCGCUUGCUGGGUUGAGAUUCCUCGUACUAGCUUUGUACAUGUAUAUGAUGAAGUUCUGUCGACCUUUUACCUCGAAUAUUCGUUGAUUGUUUUCAUCAGCAAAAUACGGAGUUUUUGGACAGAAAUCAUUAUUUUCGGGCCGUUACUUGAGAUGUUUGUCUAGUCUUUUAAUGCUUUGUUGAUGUUUACAUAUGUGUCCCCUCAGCUGAUUGGAAAUUUGAUAGUCAAUGGCUUACGAUUAUUUCACCAAGGCUGACUAAUCAAGCGAAGCCUCCUCGCUACGCUGCAGUGAUUUUUGUACACUGUAAGGACAAUAUGUGCGUGAGGCAUGGCAAGAUAUUAACCGUUUGAGAGUUGAUUCCAACGGACGGCCCGGCAACUGAAGUGAAAGUCCUCAAUAAUGGGCAUCUCGUGUGUCCAGAGCGCGGAAGUCAUCACUGGUACUUCAAAAAAUCAGUUGAAAUCGUCUUGCAGUCGCUGUUUUGCAGGUCCAAGAGACAUGAGAGAUGGCUAUCUUAAGAAUGCUCUGCAAAUACCAGUCUCUGAAAGUGUCUCUUGGGGCUGGAGUGGGGAUUUACCUUCUGUUGACUCUUGUCAGCUUUGGCUUCAACAAGGUCAUUUGGAGCCCGCGUGUGGUGCACCGUGACAAAUUCAAUACCAACUUUGGUGACCAUUUUGAUAAGUGGGUCGCCCAUCGGCAGCAUCUCCCAAGAUCGUCGGUCUUCGAUGCCAAUAGUGACAGGAUUUUUUAUAGCAAUAUCCAGGGAUAUAGUGACAAAAAGCUCUCCUCGUCAAGGACAAAAGCCGACGGAAGUUUCGCAGAACUGAAAAGACUUUUUGGAGUGGACGUUUUCGGCGGAGAUUCCAGUGACGUCAACCCUCCAAUGCUUCCGCCGAGUCUGAACCUGGAUGAAGUACCCUUCAUGAGAGAUUCGCAUUAUAAACCAUCAGAAUGUCCUAAGACAGUUUCAUCCAUAACCAAGUACUCCCGCUGGUUCAGAGAGCGAUUUCAGCCAGACAUUAAGAUCCUCCUAGAGAGGACGGACGUUGAUGUGUACUCUGAUUACUACAAGCUCCUGCACUACAGACUUCCGUUUGGCCUCAGACUGUCCAAUAAGACUCAGCUGACCACCAUUUUGAACCACCCCAGCUUCACCAACUUACCCCUCUAUGCCGAGGGCAGACCCCAGGGUUGCCUCAGCUGCGCCGUGGUUGGCUGCGGUGGUAUCCUGAAUGGGUCUGGGGCAGGCGCAGAAAUUGACAGCCAUGAUUAUGUUUUCAGGCUGAACCGCGCUUUGUCCACUGGUCGCUAUGCAGAGGACGUUGGGCACAAGACCAGCUACUACACCUUCUUCCCAGAGUCCAUGCAUGCAAAGGAUGUAGAGGAUAAGAAUGCUACAUUCUUUUAUGCCAUGUUCAAAGCAUACGACCUGGACUAUGCAAUCAACAUGCUGAACAACGACGAUCCCCCUAGAUAUUUCAGUAGAGGGAGAUUAUAUCAUCUGAGAAAGCCAAAUAUCGACAAGCGAAAGCUGAAGAUCAUCCAUCCGGACUUCUUCCGUUACGUCUUCACAAGGUACUUGGACAACAAAGCCGUCCGGCCGACAACAGGAGCCAUCGUCGUCUUCCUGGCCCUGCAUCUCUGCGACGAGGUGGACAUCUACGGCUUUGGCUAUGACCCCCGCUUCACCUUGCACUACUACGACCGGACCUUCCAGUCGCACACCGACUGGGGCACGGCACUGCACGACGUGGACAACGAGCGCGAGCUCUGGCGCAAACUGCACGAGGAGGGCGCCCUCAGGCUGUUCAAGAGAGACUUGUGAAAGGCCACUCAAGGCACCGCAAGUUGAGGACUACGGGUAAACGAUCUCGUACGAUGGACGGCAGAAUACAUGCAGGUAGUCAAGCAUCGUUUAGCUUGAACUGAGGUAUCUUGUAGACAUUCAAUGUGAUUGGUCAAAGCCAGAUGGGCAUACAAUAAGGGAAAACCUGUGCUAUCAUUACCUUGAAACUGGCAUCAUUUUGCCCGAGAUGAGUCUCUUUUUAACCCAAAUAAAUUCACACAGUCGCUGUCAAGGAAGAACAUCUUUAUAUAAACAAUACUUACAAAUUGGCUACAAGCACAAAGGUUUAUCCUUUACGAAUACAGGGUGAGGGUUCCCCUCGUUUUCUCAGAAUGACGCAAUCUACAUUCAGAAUUCGCAUCUUGGCAGGACCCCCCCA